AUGAUGGAAUCAGGAUUAAAAAGGAGGAGCAGGAGGAAGACACAGAGACCCCGGAACCGCCCAGUGCGUUCUCGGGAACGUUGGAGGACGGGAGCAGCCCGCCGCAGUGUGUGAAGAAGAAGAGCGGCCUGGCUCGAAGCAAAUCCCGCCAGAAGCUGCGAAGCCGGGUGGCGAAUGCUCAGGACAAACCCCCGAGGGCUCCUCCCCAAAACGCCUCGCUAAAGAAGAUUCCCCCGACGUGUCCGGAGUGCGACAAAAGCUUCAAGAGUAACACGGCCCUGACCAUCCACGAAAGGAGUCACACGGGGGAGCGGCCCUUUAAAUGCCCUGAGUGCGGGAAGGGUUUCCCAUCCAAGGGAGACCUGAAGAGACAUCAGAAAACCCACAUGGGAAAGGAGGAUGCUGCCCCCGAGAGAGGGAGGAGCCUUUCUGAGAAGCUGCAGAGAAGCCCUCAGGCACCCAAGCGGCCGUACACGUGCGCUCAGUGCGGGAAGAGCUUCAACAAGGGCAGAGACCUCAAAAAGCACCAGCGCACCCACACGGCGGAGAGGCCGUUCCUGUGCUUGCAGUGCGGGAGCAGCUUCCGGCUCAAGCAGAUCCUCGUGUCCCACCAGAAAGUGCACAGGGGAGUGAAGCCGUUCCAGUGCUCGGACUGCGGGAAGAACUUCAGCCAGAAGCACCAUCUCUUGAGCCACCAGCGCACCCACACCGGGGAGAAGCCCUUCUCCUGCGCUCAGUGCGGACACAGGUUCAGCCAGAAGCACCAUCUGAUCAGCCACCAGCGCAUCCACACGGGGGAGCGGCCUUUUGCCUGCCCCGAGUGCGGGAAGAGCUUCAAGGACAAGAAAACCCUCAUCAUCCAUGAGCGGAUCCACACAGGCGAGAGGCCCUACAAGUGCAACGAGUGCGGGAAGACCUGCAGCCAGAAGCAGCACCUGAAAAGCCACCAGAGGGUGCACAGGGGCAAGAGGCCACGUGGCAAAGGGGAGGAAGGCCUGGAGGAUGACGUGGGUUUCUGCCGCCAGAAGGUCCCGGCAGAGGAGAAGCCGUAUCAGUGUGCGGAAUGCGAGAAACGGUUCCGGGACGAGCGGAUAAUGCUGGCACACCAGAGAACUCACACUGAGCAGGCGCUGCUGAAGAGCACGAGGACAGGUGCUAGUCGGAGCCCACAGCCCGUGGUCCAGCAAACGCCCUUCACCAGCACCCCACAGUGCAGGGCAAACGUUAGUCAGAAGCCACCUCUGAGAGCCCAACAGGGAACCCCGGCUGGCAAGAGACCUUUGGUGUGCAAUGAGUGUGGGAAGAGGUUCAUGCAGAGCAAACGCCUUGUGCUACAUCAGAGGAGCCACACGCAGGGGGAUGCCCGGGUCCCCCCGCGCGGCUCCCCGGGAGAGCCGGAGACCUCCGCGCCCGAGCUCCGGGGGCUCCCCGAGCCCAGCUCCGCGCCCCGCUGCCCGCCCGCCCGGCGCAGCGCAGCGCAUCCUGCGCCCGCCCCGCGCAGCGCAUCCAGCCGGGGGCGCGCAGCCAUCGGAGCCCGGAGCUCGGCGAGCUUCGUCCCGACGCGCCUGCCCGGCCGAGCCCGGGGGACGAUGCCCGGCGGGGGCCGGGCGCAGGUGCCGGUGUCGUUCGAGGACGUGGCGGUCUAUUUCUCCCCGGAGGAGUGGGCGGAGUUAGCAGAAUGGCAGCGGGAGCUGUACCGGGACGUGAUGAAGGAGAAUUACGAGCUCAUCGCCUCCUUGGGGUGUCCAGAUGCCAAACCAGAGAUCAUCUGUCAGAUGGAGUGUGGGGAAGAGCCGUGUGUGCGGGAGCCCCAGGGCUGGAGAGAGAGGAGACCCCAGAGCCCCUGCUCAGCAGGUGUUGGCAUCACCAUUAAAAAGGAGAAGCACGAAGAGGGCUGUCGUGGUCAGGAGGAUCCCGAAGCCCUGGCACCGCGGGGGACCGUAUCCGGAAUAGUGGGGGAGAAAGGUCUCCGGCUCUUGGAACUAAAGAGCUGCAAGAGCGAAAGCGGGUCCCGCCGGAAGCCGAGAGCCCAGGCCGGAGACCCUCCGGGGAGACGAACCGGGAGGGUGGCAGAGAGGCCUCAUGCGUGCCCGGGCUGUGAGAAGAGCUUCAAGGACAGGACGGCUCUGAUAAUCCACCAGCGGAUCCACACGGGCGAGAAGCCCUUCACCUGCGCCGAAUGCGGGAAGCGCUUCACGCAGAAGCAGCACCUCACCACCCACCAGCGCACCCACACCGGGGAGCGCCCCUUCUCCUGCGCCCAGUGCGGCAGCAGCUUCCGGCUGAGGAAGGUCUUCCUGACCCACCAGCGGGUCCACGCCGGGGAGCUGCCCUUCACCUGCGCCGAGUGCGGGAAGAUCUUCAACCACAAGCACCACCUGAUCACCCACCGCCGCACCCACACGGGCGAGCGCCCCUUCCCCUGCGCCCAGUGCGGCAAGCGCUUCACCCAGAAGCACCAUCUGCUGAGCCACCAGCGCAGCCACACGGGCACGCGCCCCUUCUCCUGCGCCCAGUGCGGGAAGAGCUUCAAGGACAAGACACCUCUGAGCAUCCACCAGCUCGUGCACACCGGGGAGAAGCCGUUCUCCUGCGAGGCUUGCGGGAAGAUCUUCAGCCACAAGCACCACCUGGUGAUCCACCGGAGAACCCACACGGGCGAGAAGCCCUUCACCUGCGCCGAGUGCGGCAAGCGCUUCACGCAGAAGCACCAUCUCGUCAGCCACCAGCGCAUCCACACCGGGGAGCGCCCCUUCGCCUGCUCCCACUGCGGGAGGAGCUUCAAGGACAAGAUCACCCUGAAGCUGCACGUCAGGCUGCACACCGGGGAACGGCCCUUCGCCUGCGCCGAGUGCGGGGAGAGCUUCCGCCUGAAGAAGGUGCUGCUCACCCACCAGCGGGUGCACACGGGGCAGGCCCCGCUGAUCUGCACUGACUGCGGGAAGACCUUCAAUCACAUGCAGCGCAUGGCCAUGCACCAGACGAGCCACCACGCCCAGCAGGGGCCGUUCCGGAGAGCUCAGCGCGGGGAGAGCUGCUCGGGGAAACCACUGCUCCGACUGCCCCAGCAGGGCCAGCCCGCCGGCUGCUCGGCGCACGCAGCGACCUUCCAGCCGCCAGCACCCGGGGGCUCCCCUACGCAACAGGCGGAGUAAGUCCUGGGCCUCAAUUAUACACGGAGCCGGCCCCGCGGGAUCGCCCAGAAGAAACCGUCUGACUGCGGGGAGCAGGGAAAGCGUCACUCACGAGCGCAGUCCGAACCCCCCCAGUCCUGUGCGAUGGGAGUCAUUAAUCCAGCAGGGCUCUCUGCAGCACGGCGCCGGUGUGAGACAGAAACCGAAGACAGCCCAGCUGUCCCUGCGUAGCCCGGGUCAGUUCUCCUCUAAAACGGUCCGUGCUCAUCAGCGGGAGAGACGCUGCGGAGACGGGAAAUAACCCCGCUGUGACAGCCUGACCCUGCGCUGCCAUGUGUGCCUCCUGCUGCUGCAUUGGCCGCACCGUUUCAGUGUCCCGACGGCCUGGCCCAGCGCCACCUGCUCCCCACCUCCCCGCCACGCGCUGGGGAUGUCUGCGUCCCGGCUGCUUUACCCAGCUGGCUUGUCUCCAGGUCACGCACGUAACAAUAGUAGUGCAGACAGCGCCGCGCAUGCGUCAGAGCAGGCUGAGAACGUCCCCAGGGGCUGGGCUGGCCGUGUCCUGCCUGCACGCAAGCCCCUGCGUCCCUACGCUCAGCGCUAUCGUUCCCCAGGCUAGCUGGCCAGGCCCAGCUUGUGCUGUGUAGACAGACCCGCAGCCUGCUAGCAGGGGGUGCAGGGAAGCAGUGCGGGAGAUCCUAGCGAUCUCUUUGUCUGGGCUGCAGGGCGGGUCCCAGCAGCUGCUCCGUCCCACCCUGUCACGUGCUUAGCGCUGCGUGUACCUGCAUCAGGCAGCCAAGGAGCCUCCACCUGCCCUGCCUGAGCCCCAGAAGAGCGAGAAGGAAAAUAUUUAGCACUUACGCAGCAGAUUCGCAGCCCGCUGCCCAGUCAGAGACACCCGGAGGGCUGUGGAAAGUGGGAGUCUCUGUUGUAGGACGCUUGCGGACGGAGGAGUCACAGCGUUGCAGAACUAGAGAUGGACAAGCCCUGUUCGGUCAUUCGGUCCCUCUCCCAGGGGCUAGCGCUGGAUUGUUUCCCUUCAGCACAUCUCCAGCCCCUUGUCCAGUCCCGUUCCAAGCGGUGGGGCUCCCCCCCGUCCCUUGGCUGACACCCCCCGCCCAUGCAUCUCGCUGCCAGGAAGUUACUCCUCAUAUUCAGUCCACGGCUUCCCUUUCUCUGUUACAGCCUGUUCUUCCUAGUCACGUCCAGGUGCCAGUCGUGAAUAUCAUCCCUCUUUGGUUUGUACACACUACGUACCCAUAGACUGUCAUAAGAUUUAGUUGGGGAUUGGUCCUGCUUUGAGCCGGGGGGUGGACUAGAUGACCUCCUGAGGUCCCUUCCAACCCUGAUAUUCUCUGAUACUGUGUUAAAGCAGGGCUGUCACUCAAUCACAGUUAACUCACGCGAUUAACUCAAAAAAAAUUAACUUGAUUAAAAAAAAUAAUCAUGAUUAAUUGCAGUUUUAAUCGCACUGAAUGCCAAUUUAAAUUGAUUAUAACUAUUU